AUGGCUCAGUCGCCAACUCCACAGAGCCUCCUUAGCCACGACCACUGGAUGUUCUUCCAGGGUUGGGGCUGGGCCAGCCACUCGGACUCCACGUCUCCGGCCUCCUCCUCGGACUCGUCGGGUUCGUGUCCCUAUGACAACAACCGCGGCCCCUUGCAGCCCGCGCCCCCAGCCCGCAGCGCCCCGGCCGCGGACGCCGCCCCGACGGCGCCCCGACGUGCGCGGCCCUGGCCGGCAGGCGGGCAGCGGCGCAGCGCUAGCGAGCGCGAGAAGCUGCGCAUGCGCACCCUCGCCCGCGCCCUACACGAGCUGCGCCGCUUCCUGCCGCCGUCCGUGGCGCCCUCCGGCCAGAGCCUGACCAAGAUCGAGACGUUGCGCCUGGCCAUCCGCUACAUCGGCCACCUGUCGGCUGUACUGGGCCUCAGCGAAGAGAGCCUUCAGCGUCGGCGCCGAGGGCACAGCGACGCGGCGUCCCCUCGGGGCUGCCCGCUGUGCCCGGACGGCUGGCCCGAGCAGGCGCAGGCGCAGACGCAAGUGCAAGUGCAGAUGCGCGGCUCCGACCUAGGCUCAGCCACCUGCCCAGGGGCAUCCUGGGGGUCCCCGCCAGUCUGCCCUGGACCCGGAGCUGUGCUCGCGCACCCGGAGACCGGGGUCCCGGACCCAAACCACUGGGUGGCACCCCUUUACCACCCCAAGAUGCAGUCGCCUUCGCAUCCAUCUCAAGGGAGAAACCCUGACGAGUCUGUUUGGAUGCCACCCCAAGCCUUUCCUAGGGCACAGACGUCCCCAGAGCCCGGGAAUCUGGCAGUGCCCUGGACCACGCCCCCGGGGCCCCUGGAGCUGGCUGCAGUCUACCAGGGUAUCUCUGUGUCUCGAGAAUCCUGUCUGUCACCAGGAAGCCCACCCCUCCUGCCCGGCCAGUCAUGCCAGAGACUCCAGCCUCAGACCCAGUGGGGAUGCUGGGUCCAAAGUACAGAGGUGCUUCCCAGUGAGGACCAGGAGCCAGGCCCCACCUUCCAGCUGUCAGAUGCAAGCCCGCCCCAGAGCUCAGGCCUACAGCUCAGGGACUGCCCUGAACUUUGGCAAGAAGAUCUGGAGGGGGCCCACCUGGGCUGCUUUUUCUAAAUGCCUCUUUUCAGCCAGGAAUCAGGCCUGUCAUGUGGGUGCCUCAUUUUCUACCUCAGUGGUUUUUCAAGCUUGGCUUUAGCCAAGGAUCUGUUUCCCAGUGAUGUCUUUUGUGUCAUAGAAACAGUGCUUGAAACAGAGCAUGGGUUUUCUCUCUGGCUGGAGGGUGCACUGUCCCCUACUGCUAGGCACCCUUACACUUCCAGCAUCCUACAGAGCACAGGUCAUCCUGCCUGACCCCAAAGGA